UUAAUAAACAUGAAAUCAAUACUGAUAACCGGGUGUAAUCGGGGCUUGGGUCUAGGAUUAGUCCAGAAAUUAGCAGAACAAAAGAACUUUCUUCAACACAUAAUAGCUACAUGCCGUAACCCCUUGGAAGCGAAGAAACUCCAAGAAGUUGCAAAGUCAAACCCCAACAAAGUACACAUUUUGCAGCUAGAUGUAAAAGACUUCAAUGCCCACGAAAGGAUAGCCAAGGAAGUGGCUACUAUUGUGGGCCAGGAGGGACUGAAUGUUCUUUACAACAAUGCUGGCAUAUCCACCAAGUUCACCAGAGUCAACAUGGUCAAGGCUGAACAGAUGUUGGAGAACCUGACAGUCAACGCUGUAGCUCCUCUCAUGCUGACUAAGGCUUUGCUGCCAGUACUGAAGCAAGCAGCAGCAGCCAACUCUUCACUGCCUCAAGGAACCUCCAGAGCUGCUAUAGUCAAUGUAUCUUCUGUCCUGGGUUCUAUUGCUGACAACAACCAGGGGGGUUUCUACCCCUACAGGUCCAGCAAGGCUGCCCUGAACGCCAUCACUCGGUCACUGAGUUUGGACUUAAAGUCGGAUAACAUUCUGGUGAUGAGCCUACACCCUGGGUGGGUCAAGACUGACAUGGGUGGGGCCCAGGCUCCUCUCACCACAGAGACAGCUGUGACCGCCAUAGUGGACUUACUGAGCUCGGUGGGGGCAGAACACAAUGGUGGGUUCUACCAGUACGAUGGUAAGCAGCUGCCUUGGUAGGCUCAAGGAAAGUUCCUGCACAAAGAGACUAGAGCUGUAUAAUACAGUGUGUCCAUCACCUGCAAUCUUACCUGAAAUUGCCAAAGCUCAAAAACGCACAUAAGGAUUGUUUUUAUGUUUUGAUAAUUAAAAGUAAUAUUCAUGUUAUAGUAUUUGAUUGUAGUUUUUACAAAUAAAGGUUUCAAAAAUAAAAA